AUGCGCACGCAGUUCUCAAGAAUACUAUUUCAUCAUCCACUAUUUUAUGAGUCAUUCAAAUUGCCACACACGUCAGUUUUUCUUUCUUUUCCUCUGACUCGACACAAAUCUUUCAUUUACAAUAUGCCUGGUCAAACAAAAAUGAUUAUUGUCACGGCAGACGAAGAUCUCAUUCGUCAAAUUGCAUUCAAUACUUCACUCAAAGCACAAGUCAUCGAUUUGGGCAAUAAGCAGCAACCAACUUCAACAACAACAACUACUACUACGAUGGAUUCCAAAGGCGUCAACAUGAACAUUCUCGCCAAGCUGUUUCAGCCUAAUCUCAACGAUGAUCAACUCUAUAGAGAUGCACUCGAUCUACCUCAACCGAAGAAACCAAAAACAGCGAAUCAAACUCGAAAGAAAUCUGUUGAUCUGAUGUGUACUAUCUGUGGCGAUCGAGCAAUCGGCUUCAACUAUAAUGCUCCGACAUGCAAUUCAUGUAAAGCAUUUUUCCGUCGCAAUGCUCAUGAACCAGCGAAUAAGAUCCGAUGUUUGACAGGUCGAGAUGACUGUCAUGUUGGUCAUGAGAUGCGACGAAAAUGCACACCGUGUCGGCUGAAGAAAUGCUUGCAAAUGGGAAUGCGCAGAGAUUUUGUUCUGACUGAAGAGCAACGAAAAGAGAGACGGAAGGAGCUCGAGGCAAAUAUGCUUUUGGCGACGAACAAUUCGACACCGGCACAAUCUUCAUCCAGUUCUGAGCAGACAAUAAAUGAAGUAGAAGAGAUACCAAUGAGCACGAUCGAUAAUAAUGGCAACGUUUUCUCCGACGAAAUAAAUGAGACAGUAUUUGGUACAUUGUCCAUUAGUGAUUGGUUAAUAACGCAAAGUGUUGAAGCGUCAUUUGUAUCUUGCUUAAGUGUAUCGCCACAACAAUGUAUCGACAGUAUUGACUUUACAAGUGAUUUUGCUGCAAUCGUUUCGUGGUCACGAUUCAUGGAUGAAUGUGCCUUACGUUUCAUUAACUUCUUUCGCCAAAUUGAAGACUUCGAGAAUCUACAUUCUGAUGAUCGAUUUGUCCUUAUCAAAUACAAUGUGUAUACGAUUUUUGUCCUUGGAAAAUGCUAUAGUUAUGGAGGAACGAACGAUUGCUGUGCAGGCGAUAAUUGUGAUGCAUCGAGAAAAAGUCGUGAAUUUUUUAAAUUAGUUGACCCAUCGGAGACUUUAUAUCAAAAGUUUGGUCAUAUGGUUCGCUCACUGGUGCGGAUUACUGACCAAGAUCCAGCAUUUCUGUCCCUUCUUUCGAUUAUUCUCUUGUUUUCGCGUGGUCUGUCGAUCAGUAAUGAGGAACCUCUACUCAACGAUCCUGACACAGUGAAUCAAAUUCAACUACGAUACACAAAUAUUCUCUGGAGUCAUUUAGUAAGUAAACAUGGUGAAAUGCGAGUCCAGAAACAAUUCAUUGAUUUACUGCCAGUGCUUUUUGAAUUACAACAAUCAGUCAAGGCAUCGCGAGAAAUUUUCCAUAAUCAAUCGCUUAUUUUGAAUAAUAUAGAUCAAAUUGCACCAUUGUUCCAAACUGUUCUUCAUCUAUCUUAA